GUAAGCUCAGUGCGUCGAAUCCAUCCCCUCGCCCUCCGCGUCUCCCGCCAGUAUACAGAAAAAAAUGAGCAGUUGCAGGUUUCUGGCCAUCAAUGGCGUUGUCUCUCCUACCUCCGACGUUCCUCCAGUAUCUUCCUUCCUCGAAAACCAUCCAGGUGCCUAUACGACUUCUCGCACGCACAACAAUGCGUCAUGUCCAUUGUUUUGGCAGAGACACUUGCGCAGACUUGCAGAUUCCACAAGAAUUCUUUAUGAAUUGAGACCAGAGCUCCUAUUCGGGCCGCAAAUUACUAAAUUCCCCAAGCCACCGUUGUCGUCAUCAUCGUUUUCUUCAUUAUGGGAAUCCGUAAUUCCGUCGCUUGUCAAUAAUUCGUUGAGCAAAGCGUUGCCAAUCGCAUUGAAAGAAAGGAAGAACGGAGAAGAACUGGCGGUCACUGCUCUUGUGAGCGGGAAUCCAAACAAAUGCAAUGUAGAUGAGGUUGAUGAGGAAGAGAGGGCUCUUAGGGUUCUUGAUGUGUACGUACAUGUAGGAAUUUACAUUCCGCCUGUGUUUGGUGAUAGAGAAAACGGUGCUCGGUUGGCUGUCGUUGGUCGUGGAAGGGACGUAGCCAGGGCGAAGUUUUCAGACUGGGUAAAGCUUAGAAAGCGUUUGGAGAAGCUGCGACCUCCUUUGGUUACCGAGCUUUUGUUGUCAAACGAUGGUGACCGGAUACUAGAGGGAUGCAUCACGAACUUCUUCGUUGUGUGUCGCAAGGAGAGCAAUGGAUCUGCGGGGGAAAUCCUGAGUGAUCACAGAAGUACAUGUUCUUUUGAAGUGCAGACAGCUCCUAUCAAUGAUGGUCUACUUCCAGGUGUUAUACGAAAAUUAAUCCUAGAGGUAUGUUCAAGAAGAGGAAUCCCAUUUCGAGAAGUAGCUCCAUCAUGGUCCAAUUGUGAGCUUUGGGAAGAGGCUUUCAUUACAAAUAGCUUGAGACUUGUGCAGCAUGUGCAAACAAUUUGUGUUCCCAGCUCAUGGGAACUGUUAGAAUCGCAAACUUGGAAGGAGUUGGCAUGGGAGGAGAAGCAGUUUGAGUAGGAGACUCCUGGGGUAAUCACUGCAGAAAUACAGGGAGAGUUAAUGAGAUUAGCGGGAACUGAAGGAUACCUGACAAGUUUUCUCAUCUAACUUACCAAGAAUUCUUGCAUUUCACUACUUUGUUGGGUAGUGGGGGCCGACUCUGCAGCAGCUAUUACCAUGGAUUCAAUCAACCCCAAGAACCCGAAGUUUUGAGUUGUUUAACACUGAUUAUAGGUUGAAGACUCUUAAUUCUGUAGCAGGGAGUCUACUUUUCUUGGUUUUGGAUAGGUGAUAUCUUCAAGGGUGAAG